AUGGCUACUGGACGCUCCUUCAAGCUCAACUCGGGCUACGAGAUCCCGGCUGUCGGUCUUGGUACUUGGCUUUCCCAACCCAAUGAGGUCGAGAAUGCAGUUGAAGCUGCUCUACGCAAGGGAUAUCGUCACAUUGAUGCCGCAGCUUGUUACCAAAAUGAGAACGAAGUAGGAAAUGGCUGGAAGAAGUCUGGCGUGCCUCGCGAAGAGAUCUUCAUUACUAGCAAGCUCUGGAAUACGCACCACCAUCCAGACCAUGUCGAGGAGGGUCUUAACAAAACCUUGAGGGACCUGCAGACCGACUACCUCGACCUGUACUUGAUCCAUUGGCCUGUCGCCUUUGAACACACCAACGAAACCCUCACACCAAUCGAUCCGGUGACGAAACGAUUCCGCAUAGCUGAUGUUCCGAUUGCCGAUACCUGGGCUGCUCUGGAGAAGUUUGUUGCUGCAGGCAAGAUCCGCAGCAUUGGUAUUAGCAACUUCACCAUCCAAGCUACCAAGGACCUGCUCAAAACGGCCAAGAUCCCCCCUGCUGCGGACCAGAUUGAGGCUCAUCCCUAUCUCCUUCAGCCGGAAUUACUGGCUUUCUUGAAAGAGAACAACAUCCUCCCCGUGGCUUACAGCCCUCUAGGAAACAAUGUAUUCAACCUGCCACGUGUUAUCGAUGACCCGAAGGUAGUGGAAAUUGCCAAGAACAUAAAUAGGGAUCCUGCUACUCUGUUGAUCUCCUGGGCUAUCCAGCGAGGUUUUGCCGUACUGCCCAAGAGUGUGACUCCUUCGCGCAUCGAGAGUAAUUUCCAAGACUUCGUCAUUCCCGAAGAUGCCUUUGAAGCUCUGAAUAAACUGGACAAAAACCAGCGUUACAAUUACCCGUUCCGUUGGGGAGUUGAUAUGUUUGAUGAAUUGGGAACUGCUGAAGCUGAACGACGCGCUGAAGAGCAUGCUACUAAGCAGCGAGCUCUUUGA